AUAUUGGCGUUUUGGCAUUAGGGAGACAGGGCAAAGGUUUUGCCCCUUCAGCUCAGUCCUUAAUCUCUGCUUCUUUUUUUCCUAAAAGAGCAUUCCCCUCACCCCCACCACUCCCUAGUUUUCCUUCUCUGGCAGCUAAUGAAGCAGCAGCUGAGCCAGCUCUGGUUUUCGGGAAGUCAGAUGACCUUUUCCCUCUCGUGGCUGUCUGCCUCUCCCGGCCCCUAAGGUGGACACUAUGGACCCACUGAUGGUUCUUCUUUGUCUGCUGCCCCUAUACCAAGGCCCGGCAGCUGCUGCUCUCUCUUGCCCUCAGAAUGUGAAUAUCUCCGGUGGCACUUUCACUCUCAGCCAUGGCUGGGCCCCUGGGAGUCUCCUCACCUACUCCUGCCCCCAAGGCCUGUACCCAUCCCCAGCAUCACGGCUAUGCAAGAGCAAUGGACAGUGGCAGACCCCAAGAGCUACCCGGCUGACUAAGGCUGUCUGCAAACCUGUUCGUUGUCCAGCCCCUGUUUCCUUUGAGAACGGUGUGUACACCCCACGGCUGGGGGCCCACCCUGUGGGCAGCAACCUGACCUUUGAGUGUGAGGAUGGCUUCACACUGCGGGGCUCGCCUGUACGUCAGUGUCGCCUCAAUGGCUUAUGGGAUGGAGAAACUGCCGUGUGUGAUAAUGGGGCUGGCCACUGCCCCAACCCAGGGAUUUCAGUGGGUGCUGUGCGGACAGGCUCCCGCUUUGGCCUUGGGGACAAGGUCCGCUACCGCUGCUCCUCGAAUCUGGUGCUCACAGGGUCUGCAGAGAGGGAGUGCCAAGAAAAUGGGGUCUGGAGCGGGACGGAGCCCAUCUGCCGCCAACCCUACUCUUAUGACUUCCCUGAGGAUGUGGCCCCUGCCCUGGGCACCUCCUUCUCUCACUUGCUUGGGGCCACCAAUCCCACCCAGCAGAAAAAGGAAGACCUGGGCCGUAAAAUCCAAAUCCAGCGCUCUGGUCACCUGAACCUCUACCUGCUCCUGGAUGCCUCUCAGAGUGUGUCACAAGAAGACUUUGACAUCUUCAAGGAGAGCGCCUCGCUCAUGGUGGACAGGAUCUUCAGCUUUGAGAUCAAUGUCAGUGUCGCCAUCAUCACCUUUGCCUCCAAGCCCAAAGUCCUCAUGUCUGUCCUGCAUGACAAUUCCCGAGAUGUGACAGAAGUCAUCAGCAGUUUGGAAAAUGCCAACUCUAAAGACCAUGAAAACGGAACUGGGACUAACAUCUUUGAGGCCCUGAAUAGCGUCUACCUCAUGAUGAAUAACCAAAUGCUGCGACUCGGCAUUGGGACAGUGGCCUGGCAGGAAAUCCGACAUGCCAUCAUCCUUCUGACAGAUGGAAAGUCCAAUAUGGGUGGCUCUCCCAAGAUCGCUGUCGACAAUAUCAGAGAGGUCCUGAACAUCAACCAGAAGAGGAAUGACUAUCUGGAUAUCUAUGCCAUUGGGGUGGGCAAGCUGGAUGUGGACUGGAGAGAACUGAAUGAGCUGGGGUCCAAGAAGGAUGGUGAGAGGCACGCCUUUAUUCUGCAGGACACCAAGGCUCUGUACCAGGUCUUUGAGCAUAUGCUAGAUGUCUCCAAGCUCACAGAUACCAUCUGUGGGGUGGGGAACAUGUCGGCAAAUGCCUCUGACCAAGAGAGGACACCCUGGCAUGUCACUAUUAAGCCCAAGAGUCAGGAGACCUGCCGGGGGGCCCUCAUCUCAGACCAGUGGGUCCUGACAGCAGCUCACUGUUUCCGCAACAGUGAGGACCGCUCUCUGUGGAGGGUUAAUGUGGGGGAUCCCAACUCCCAGAGGGGAAAAGACUUCCUUAUUGAGAAGGCUGUGAUCUCCCAGGGUUUUGAUGUCUUCGCUAAGAAGAACCAGGGGAUCCAGGAGUUCUAUGGUGAUGACAUUGCCUUGCUGAAGCUGGCCCAGAAAGUGAAGAUGUCCACCCAUGCCAGACCCAUCUGCCUUCCCUGUACAAUGGAAGCCAAUCUAGCUCUGCGGAGACCCCAGGGCAGCACCUGUCGGGACCAUGAGCAUGAACUGCUGAACAAACUGAGCGUUCCUGCUCAUUUUGUUGCCUUGAAUGGGAGCAAACUGAACAUUAAUCUCAAGACUGGGACAGAGUGGGCAAACUGUAUCCAAGCGGUCUCCCAAGGCAAAGCCAUGUUCCCCAACUUAACAGAUGUCAGAGAAGUGGUGACAGACCAGUUCCUUUGCAGUGGGACCCAGGAGGAUGAUAAUCCCUGCAAAGGAGAAUCUGGGGGAGCAGUUUUCCUUGAGCGGAGAUUCAGAUUUUUUCAGGUGGGCCUGGUGAGCUGGGGUCUUUACAACCCUUGUGCUGGUGCCCUUGACAAAAACUCCCGCAAAAGGGCUCCCCGUGGCAAGGUCCCACCGCCGCGAGACUUCCACAUCAAUCUCUUCCGCUUGCAGCCCUGGCUGAGGCAGCACCUGGAGGGCAUCUUGAACUUUUUGCCCCUCUAAUCAUGGCCACUAAACCCUCUGCUGUCCUGCUAGGAUCUGCCAUCUCUUCCACCUCCUACCUCUAAAUAUCCACCCACCUUGCUGAGUAAAUCCCUGUCUCUGGGAUCCCAGCUGGGCAAUCUCCAGGGCUCCUGCCAGCACAACUGCCCUGCUGUCGUACUCUGCUUGGCCUGUGCCCAAACCUCUCCCUAAUUUACUUGACUCAUUCCCCUUUCACUUUCACAUGGAAUUUACCAUUUAUGAAAUUAAUAAAAAUCAGUGAUUUCUACA